AUGGCUUCUUUGGUAUCUGAAACUUGGGCAAUUGUCAAUGGUGAAGAUGACUCCAAUGGAGUCGAAGUUUCAAAAUUUAACGAUGCCCUUCUGCUGUCUUUACUAGAAGAGUCAAAUGGGGAAGAGUACAAUGAUGAACAAGUGAAUAGAGUAAUUCAAUCUCUAGAGGCUGAGAUUAAUGCAAACAUGUUAGAAGCAAGCCAUGAUUUGGCUAUGGAGCCUGAUGUUCAGAAUUGCUUGGCUUCAAUGGAGUUCGAGUGGGCAGAAAUGGAGCUGUUGCCAUCUUCACCGAGUGAUGGCAUGAAUUGGUGCAUAGAUCAAUCUGAAAAUGAGUUGAAUUUCUUGGUUGAAAAUGGGGAUGUCAGUGAUUAUCCUCAGCUUUAUAAUAUUGUUCCCUUGGAGGAACAUAGUUUCUGCUCUUUAUGGCAGGAAACUUAUGAUUAA